UACGCACUGCUUAAAAAUGGACUGACAGACAACGUUUUCGUUUUAGAUGUUGAUCAUUGAAGUUAAUUAUGGAUGUACAGUAUGUUUAUACGAAGAAGAGAUCGGAGUUCGGGCGUCCCUGCUUCUUUGUAGACGAGGGCCCGAAAUUAAUGGAAAAUAUAAUGCCUAACAGAGAGUUCCAUAAUGGAUAUAUAUUUAAGAAUCCCGUUAACCGAAGCACUCAGUGCAGCAGCGUCCUUGCAGAACAUGAGGUAAACACAAUAAGGGCUCAGUAUGAUCAACGUGGAAUGAAUCACACUGAAGGGGGGUGGCCACGUGAAGUUAACCCAACAGAUGAGGAACAGACACUGAGGUUUAAGAAGAAGAUUGAAAAAGAUGAGAUGUAUGUUCAUACUGUGUUACAGCUUACACAUGCAAUGGAACACUGUAUACUGCAAAACAAUGCCAUUAAUAUUUAUGAAGAAUAUUUUGAAGAUGUUGAAUCAGCUACACUUAUGGAACGAUGUUCAGCUCGUACACUGAAUGUUUAUCGAGAUCCAAAUAAAGUGAAGAGGCCUGUCACUCAUCUGUCAUGGUCUCCUGAUGGUGGAACUCGGCUGGCAGUAUCACAUUGCAACUUAGAAUUCCAACGAAGAUCACCUGAUCUGUCCACAUUCUCCUAUAUAUGGGAAGUAGAAAAUCCAAAUAAGCCUCAGCUAAUAUUGAAGCCUUCAGUGCCUAUAGUCUGCCUGGAAUAUAACCCUAAAGAUGUGAACUGCUUAGUCAGUGGUAUGUUCAGUGGGCAGGUAGCAUUCUGGGAUGUAAGAAAAGGCUCAACACCUGUGGAUAUGAGCAUUUUAGAGCCUAGUCACAGAGAUCCUGUAUACAGUGUUUUAUGGAUAAAUUCCAAGUCAGGAACUGAGUUUUUCUCAUCAUCUACUGAUGGACAGGUUAAAUGGUGGGAUACAAGGAAGCUGAAUGAACCAAGUGAAACACUAAUACUUGACAUAGUCAAAGGUGAAGAGCAAAUUCUAAGUCGAGCCCUUGGAGCUUCGUGUCUUGAAUAUGAAGGGACAAUUCCAACACGAUUUAUGGUCGGUACAGAGAAUGGGUGUGUAAUUAGUUGUAACCGUAAAGGCAAAACUCCUGCUGAAAAAAUUGUGUCCAAGUAUACUGCACAUGUUGGGCCUGUAUAUGCCCUUCAGAGAAAUCCAUCUUUUGUUAAGAAUUUUCUUACUAUUGGAGACUGGAUGGCACGCAUUUGGUCAGAAGACUGCAAGGAGUCAUCAAUAAUGUGGACAUGCAAUCAUCAAGCUCAACUUACAGAUGGCGCAUGGAGUCCAACAAGAUCUUCUGUGUUCUUUACUACAAGAAUGGAUGGUUCACUUGAUGCUUGGGAUAUUCUGCGGAAUCAAAAGGAAGCAGUGAUCAGUGUAAAGGUUUGUGAUUAUCAAUUGAGUAACCUCAGAGUACAUGACCAGGGUCAGUUAGUUGCAGUUGGUAACAAUAUGGGGACUUCAUACCUUGCGGAGUUCUCUGAAAAUCUUGCUGCAACACAACGCAAUGACAAAGUGCUGUUAACUGCUAUGUUGGAUCGCGAAGGUCGCCGCGAAAAGAUUCUUGAAGCAAGAAAUCGAGAAAUAAGACUGCGUCAAAGAACAAAGAUUGCUGACAACUCACACCGAGAUAUUUUAGAAAGAGAAACGUUGAAUAAACCAUCCUUAAUUUCAGAUCCAGCAGUCCAGAAUGCCGAGAAAGAAUUCUUCACUGUUAUUGAAAUGGAACUGGCUGCUCUGAAGGCUGAAACAGAAGCAUCAGAACAAGAUGAAGAAUAUGGAAUUAAGCCUGAAGUAGCAAGUUCGGAAGAAACUGGGAGGAAAAAGAACAGAUUUUUGAAAGAUGAAUUUGAAGGUGCAAAUUUUGAAGAGGAAGACUGUGACGAGGAUCAAGAUGUAGAAGGCGACGACUUUAAACAACAGUGAAAUUCAAUUUUAGUGAAUCUCUCUUCUUUGAUUCAGAGUUGUUCUGUCCAUGAAAGAAUACUGAUCGAGAAGAAAUGCUAAAUUGUAUCUAACAAAAUUUUACAGCAUCCAGGGAUUUGUUGACUAUAAUACUACAUUAGUUAGUUAGUUAGUUAGUUAGAGAGGGUGGGUUUCCCCAUGCACCGCAACCAGUUUGA